AAUUUUGCAAGGCGCGACGACGCUAUACGGGCCCGUUCGCGCGGCAGCACAAUUCGCUGUCAUACAUUCGACCCUCUACUGUUGCACCGUGCAUCGCUGCACUCUCGGCGUUGCGUGGAGCGAGUCCUGCUGCCCUGCUGCAUUGGACAGCUUGUCGCUGUCUACAAAAGCCGCCGUGCGAACAAAAGCAGCGACUGUCUGCAAAAAAAGCCGCCGCGUGCGAAUAAAGGCAGGAAAGAUGUCCGCCCACGACUUCCGCACGUGGCAGACCGCCGGCGAGGACAACAAGGCCAGCGCGCAGAGCAACAAGCGCGCCGUGGACUCGGACAAGGGCCCGUACGCGCCGCCGCCCCCGGCACAGGAGCAACCUUUGAUGUACCUCCCCGGCGCCGACGACCCCUUCGACCCCGAGGAGUGCAAGGCGCGAGCGCUGGGCCUCAUGGCGCACUUCCGGGGGACGCCCCUCGAGAAGCCGAUGAGGCUCGACGAGAUCCGCGCGAAGCUCGGGCAGAAGCCGCCGAGUGAGGACUACAUGGAUAUGGAGUUCGAUGCGGGGGCGCCAGCACCUGCACAAAAGGCGGACGACGAGGCAUCGAGGCGACAGCGCGGCCUCGAGACGCCCCUCGACGCGUCGAACAAGGGCUUCGAGAUGCUCCGGAAGAUGGGUUAUGAAGGAGGCGGCCUCGGCAGGGACGGCGCCGGCAUCGAGGCGCCGUUAGCGACAGAAACAAGGAAGCCGCGCGACACGCAGGGCGUCGGCAUCCCGCAGGCGGCGCGGCGCGCGCAGCUCUCCUGGGAGGCCGCGCGGCGCCACGUCGAACAACGGGAGCGGGCGGACUUCGCGCAGCACAACCAGCGCCGGUUCUCGGACCGCGCGUGCCUGAAGGCGUCGCGGCGCGCGCGCUCGGCCUGCCGGGACCUCGACGAGCGCCAGGGGCUGCGGUGGACGCCCAUCUGGCCGAGCGACGAGGCGCACCCGCAGCGGUCCUUCGCCGACGCGUCCGGCGCCGUCUACGCGCAGCCCGGCACCUACCUGGAGACGGGCCAGAACGACGGCAUCGGCGGCCUCGACGAGGAGGCGCCGGAGGUCGCGCUGCGCACGGCCGUCGCCUACCUCCGCGACUGCCACGGCUACUGCCUCGUGCACGGGUGCACGCUCGACGACGGCUCGCCGGACCUCGAGGCCGAGCUCGCGGAGCUCGUCGACGACGCCGAGGACUAAGUCAUGUUACAUU